AGCGCCAGCCAGCCGCGCGCCGGAGCCCAGCGCCCUCGGAGUCCGCGCCGGAGUCCCCGCGGAACCCCGCCGCCCGCCGCCCGCCCGGACCCCGACCCGGCCUCCCCUCGCCGCUUCGCCCGGACGGCGCCUCCCUGGCCGCCUGCCCAGCCGGCAGGGCGCUCGGCUCCACUGGGGGCCCGCCCGGCCCAUCGGGGCGCACGGAGCGAGCGCUCCAGGAGGCGGCGGGAUCCGGCUGCUGGACGGUGCGGGCCCCGCGCCCGCCGCGCCACCAUGAGGGCGCGGCCGCGGCUCUGCGAGGCGCUGCUCUUCGCCCUGGCCUUCCAGACCGGCGUGUGCUCCGGCAUCAAGUGGCUGGCGCUGUCCAAGACGCCGGCGGCGCUGGCCCUGAACCAGACGCAGCACUGCAAGCAGCUGGAGGGGCUGGUGUCGGCGCAGGUGCAGCUGUGCCGCAGUAACCUGGAGCUGAUGCGCACGGUGGUGCACGCCGCGCGCGAGGUGGUGCAGGCCUGCCGCAGGGCCUUUGCAGACAUGCGCUGGAACUGCUCCUCCAUCGAGCUCGCCCCCAACUACCUGCUUGACCUCGAGAGAGGGACCCGGGAGUCGGCCUUCGUGUAUGCGCUGUCGGCCGCCACCAUCAGCCACACCAUCGCCCGGGCCUGCACGUCCGGCGAGCUGCCCGGCUGCUCCUGCGGCCCCGUGCCAGGUGAGCCUCCCGGGCCCGGGAACCGCUGGGGAGGCUGCGCGGACAACCUCGGCUACGGGCUCCUCAUGGGGGCCAAGUUUUCCGAUGCUCCUAUGAAGGUGAAAAAAACAGGAUCCCAAGCCAAUAAACUGAUGCGUCUACACAACAGUGAAGUGGGGAGACAGGCUCUGCGCGCGGCCCUGGAGGUGAAGUGUAAGUGCCACGGGGUGUCGGGCUCCUGCUCCAUCCGCACCUGCUGGAGAGGGCUGCAGGAGCUCCGGGACGUGGCUGCCGACCUCAAGACCCGCUACCUGUCGGCCACCAAGGUGGUGCACCGGCCCAUGGGCACCCGCAAGCACCUGGUACCCAAGGACCUGGACAUCCGGCCCGUGAAGGACUCGGAGCUGGUGUACCUGCAGAGCUCGCCCGACUUUUGCAUGAAGAACGAGAAGGUGGGCUCCCAGGGGACGCAGGACAGGCAAUGCAACAAGACGUCCCACGGCAGCGACAGCUGUGACCUCAUGUGCUGCGGCCGCGGCUACAACCCGUACACGGACCGCGUGGUGGAGCGGUGCCACUGCAGGUACCACUGGUGCUGCUACGUGACCUGCCGCCGCUGCGAGCGCACCGUGGAGCGCUACGUGUGCAAGUGAGGCGCGCCGGCCACUGCCCCUGCCAGCGGGGCUGGACAGCACAGGCACCGCCCGGGGAAACUGACUGAGCCCGGGGCGACCCUCGCGGGCAUCCAGGCUGGCCCGAGAAGCCAGGGGCGGGGGACCGGCGACCCUCACGCCGGACACUCUCGCCGCCAGGACUGUCCCCCUCUGAAUGUUCUGCCCACCGAGCCCAGGCCGCCCCCCCCCCCGUCCAGGUUGGAACCCCCCAGCCCACCACAUGGAACCACUAGUUUGGGUUGUAAAUGUUUUUUGUUUUGUUUUGUUUAAUCUCUCUCUUUUUUCCCUUCCUCUGGGAUGUGGGAGCUACAGAAAUAUUUA